UAGUUGACGCUAUUAGUGUUUUACGAAAUCAUGAUUUAUGUCCAAGCUAAAUGUGGCAAGAAUUUAACGAAGCAUUUAAGGGUUUGCAUAUGCGAAAGUACAAUGACUGCAAUGGAACAUAUUGCAUUGUAUGCACCUACACAGGAUCUGUAUUGGUAGUUUAUUGUAUAGCAGUGGACCGCUCGAGGAUCGUAUUAGAAAAAUGGACUUGAAAAUUUAAAGCGAGGGAAAUGUCUUCUGCUGGGUCACUUUUUCCUGCGACUGAAGUAUCGUACGCAAACCCGCUCGAAGAGCCGUGCGUGUUAAAGUACCGCUUCCGUGAUGGGGAGGUGUACUGGCCUAGAUCGAAUCUGCCUGUCGGAUUAAUGACGAGGAGCGGUGUGUCGGUUAGCCUGGGUCCUGGAUACGGUUUUUAGCUGGUUCCCCACAUCCCACUAGGCUACAACUGAUGCUUCGGGUACCUGAAACUUUAUUGGCUGGGCUUUUGCAGUAGGGGCGUCAGCAUCGAAAAGUGUGCCGUACCCUGAUGGUAAUUUCAAAGUUGUGGUAUCCCACAAUUCUGAUACUAUUUUCUUUGAUCCACACUCAUUUUUACAAGUGUCACCAAUUGUAGUUGAAGAUCUGUCAGAUGUAGUAGGCUCUGAGGUGACAGCCAUUGCUUUUUCUCCUCUUUUGGCUACAAAAUGAUGGUUAUUAACUACAGAGACUGAGAAACCCAAAAAUUUGUCAGAUGUGGAACUACAGAGACUGGUUUUCUCUACCCGCUCGAUGUUUUAAAUCGAAAACAAUGAAAAUUCAUUUUCUACAAACACGAACCAAUUCGGAGAGGUUGACACCCGUGAACAUUAAUAAUCUGCCCACAUGUCGUCUCCUCGUGUUCCCGUCAAGGAAGAACCACUGGACGCUUUCACAGGGGCCGACACGGAUCCUGUAUGCAUCAAAAUUGAACCGGAACACGAUCAAUGUGCAGCUACACUUCCAGUCCCAGAAGCGACAAAAAUUAAGAUAUUUCAUUUGGAAGGUUUGAAGAGGGAAUGGAUUGAAGACAAUGUGAAGAAAUGUGGCUGGGAUGAAGCUCAGGUGUGUGAAAAAACAGCUCCAGAGACAGAUGGGGUUAAGUUACACGUGUUUGAGAAAGCAGCUGCAGAGAAAGAUGUGGUUCACGUCAAAAGAGGGCCGUGUAAGCUGUGCAUAUCAGAGGAUCCUGUAUGUAUCAAAAUUGAACCGGAACAUGAUCAAUGUGCAGCUACACUUCCGGUCCCAGAAGCGACAAAAAUUAAGCCAUUUGAUUUGGAAGCUUUGAAGCAGGAAUGGAGCGAAGAUGAUGUGGAGGAAGAUUUCUGGGACGUGGCUCAGGUACCUGAGAAAGCAGCUGUAGAGAGGGAUGGGGUUAUGUUAAAGGUGUGUGAGAAAGCGGCUGUAGAGAAAGACGGGGUUCGUGCCGAAACACCCAAAGCAGCACAGUCAUCUGAGCAGUGCGUACAGCAGGGACUGGAGAGUGCAAACACAACAGUGGACACUGUAAGGUUUAUUGUGCAAGGCCAGGAUAGGCCUCCUCCUAUCGACAAAUGUACCUCGGUAUGCACCAGAAUUGACGGGACUGCAGGCACACGAGGGAUCGGUGGCGGCCAGCAGGUACGCGAGAGGAACAAAAGGAACACGCGCGUACUGUCGGUAAAGGUAGUGUUCGCACAGAGGCGGGGUCGAGUCGAUACCCUCGAGGAGACCCGUCCCGCACCGAGCGCCGCGGUAAGUGACGGGAGGUGCGGGGAAGCGUCCGACAGCGGUCGUGGCUGUGACCCGGUCGACGGCAGUCGCGAGGUACCGUCCCGGUCGGGGGGCGACGCGGCUCCACCUGCCGGACGCGAGACGUACACGUGCGACGACGGGGAGCCCCCGAGUACGCCCGCACGGAGGCACCGGUGGACCUGCGAGACGUGCCAAGCGCCCUGCCGCAGCUUCCACGAACUCAGGGUGCACUGCUGGAAACACCAGGGGAAGCAGGUCUACGGCUGCGACCACUGCACCAGGAAGUUCGCACGCCGCAACAGCCUGAAGCGCCACUCGCUCCAGCACAUGCUGCUGUGGCCCUACGAGUGCGGCGUGUGCUACAGGCGGUUCGUCAACAACACCCACCUGGCGCACCACUCGCUCGCGCACGAGGGCAGCCGUCCCUACCAGUGCGACUCCUGCGGCAGGACGUUCUCGCGGAGCAGAGACUGCAAAAUGCACUACCGCGCGUGCGUCGGCGAGCGGAUCUACUGCUGCGACGUCUGCGACAAGAAGUUUGCCAGCGAGAGCGGCCUCCGGCACCACGGGCGCCUCCACUCCUUGCGGCAGUGUUGAGACCGUCUCUCUGCACAGUCGGGAAGG